AUGAGGAACCAUUCUGUGGAUCAACCUGGAUUGGAUUGGCCGACAAGGCUAAAGAUUAUACAAGGAGUUGGUAAGGGUUUAGGUUACUUGUUCAAGGAGCUACCAACACUAACCAUCCCUCACGGUCAUCUCAAGUCAUCAAACGUUGUACUUGACAAAUCAUUUGAGCCUCUCUUAACAGACUACGCGCUAAGACCAGUGAUGAACUCAGAGCAAUCUCAUAACCUAAUGAUCGCUUAUAAAUCUCCAGAGUACAGCUUAAAGGGACAUAUAACCAAGAAGACCGACGUUUGGUGCCUCGGUGUCCUGAUCUUGGAGCUUAUAACCGGUAGGUUUCCUGAGAAUUAUCUAAGUAAAGGGUACGAUGCUAACAUGAGCCUUGUGACUUGGGUGAGUGACAUGGUGAAAGAGAAGAAAACGAGUGACGUGUUUGACAAGGAAAUGAUUGGGAAGAAGAACUGUAAAGCAGAGAUGCUGAGCCUGUUGAAAAUAGGGUUGAGCUGUUGCGAAGAAGAUGAAGAGAGGAGGAUGGAGAUGAGAGAUGCUGUGGAGAAGAUAGAGAGGUUAAGAGAGUCGGAUAUUGACUUGGAAGCUUCUACCAAUGUCUUUGCUUCUCGGUUGAUAGAAGAUGAUGACUUUGGUCAUCAUAUUGUCUCCAAAGGACAAACUAUCAUCCUCCUCCAUGUUCUCCAAGAACAAACGAUAGUGCACCGUGAUCUGAAACCAGGAAACAUUUUGAUUGACCCGAACAAUCUAAGCAAAAUCGCCAAACAAGUCCCUGAAGCUGCAGAGAACGUCUACUCCUUUGGUAUCUUGCUUCUCGACCUGCUCACAUCGAAAAGACCUACUGGUUUUGCUUACAACGUUGAGCAAGCGGUGGAGCAAGGGACAUUCAAGGAUAUGUUAGACGACUCAGCAGUUCAUAACUGGCCAGUGGAGGAAGCUUUAACUUUGGCAAAAGGUUGCGCUUAA